GUCCGGGUCUUUGGGUGGUUUGCUAGAGUAAGUGUUAAGGGAAAUGAGUGCUAAAUUGCGCAGGCGCACUCCCUCACCGAAGACGGUCACUUUCGAUCCCUCGCCACCCACCACUCUGGAGAGGAGACCGCAGACGUACAGGUUUAAGAAUGCCGCGGAAUGGGAACAAUAUCUCAAUGCAUUGUUGGCGGACCUUCAGAACACUAUACAUCCCGGUUCCGGCGGAAUCAGCUCCAGUAAUUCCGGAUACGGAUCACUCAACAAAACUAGACAAUCUCCGGGUGUUGAGAGUCCGGUGUCCCGAGUAGAUGGAUACUCUGUAAAAACUAGUACCCCUACUUAUGGAAAAACUCAGCCGACUUCCGGCGGAAAAAGUCCGUCUUUCGGCGGCAGUUAUGCCGUCGAUUCUAGCGGCUAUGGUUCUUUGCCGCGGGGUGGAUCAUCCGACAAUCGCGCCUAUUCGAACAUCAACGAACUGGACUCUCUACUCGAGGAUCUGAGCAAGAGCAAUUACAGGACGCCCUACAACCAAGAAAACGGCAUGAACGGAACGUUGAACGGUUCGCGUAGUGGUUCCGGAACCCGAAGUCCGGCCAUCGGUUCCAGACCCUCCAGUGCCCAGAACACGCCGUGCAGACCCACGGUGGAGAGUCUUUUGGAAGACCUUGACAUCAAUUACGAAAACAGCGGGGACGUCAUUUAUACGGGUCCCAAAAAGGUUACGAUUACGGUGAAGGAAACGAAGACCGAAACAGGAUUUCCGGGAGAGACGGAACUGAUCUCUCAGCAUGUUGUUGCGACGCACGCUCCUGCAGCGUCCUCCGCCACCAGAGAGUUGGACGAUCUUAUGGCCGAUUUAUCCAACAUCAAGGUACAGCAGCCCGCCAUCACAGAGUCCGAGUACGCUCAGCCGGUUAAAGUGACCCACUCCACUCAAUCGAGUGCACCUCAAAAGCAGAACUUGGAGUCUAUGCUUGGUCACCUCCAGGCAGAUAUGAGCAAACAAGGAGUCAACACCAGCCAAAAGGGCUGCUGCAGCGCCUGCGACAAGCCGAUCGUCGGUCAGGUCAUCACCGCGUUGGGCAAGACCUGGCAUCCGGAGCACUUCGUCUGCGCCCACUGUAACCAGGAGUUGGGCACCAGGAACUUCUUCGAGAGGGACGGCAAGCCUUACUGCGAGCCCGACUACCACAAUCUCUUCAGUCCCAGAUGCGCGUACUGUAACGGACCCAUUUUGGAUAAAUGCGUGACCGCACUGGACAAGACCUGGCACAUGGACCACUUCUUCUGCGCCCAAUGCGGCAAGCAAUUCGGCGAGGACGGCUUCCAUGAGCGCGACGGCAAGCCUUUCUGUCGCGACGACUACUUCGACUUGUACGCUCCCAAGUGCGGAGCCUGCAAUCGGGCCAUCAUGGAAAACUACAUUUCCGCCCUUAACUCCCAAUGGCAUCCGGACUGCUUUGUUUGCAGGGAGUGCAGAUUCCCGUUUGCUGGAGGAUCCUUCUUCGAUCAUGAAGGCCAGCCCUAUUGCGAAACCCACUACCACCAGCUAAGAGGAUCACUUUGUGCCGGUUGUCACAAACCUAUAUCCGGUCGUUGCGUCACCGCCAUGUUCAGGAAAUUCCACCCAGAGCAUUUCGUCUGCGCCUUCUGCUUGAAACAACUCAACAAAGGCACAUUCAAGGAACAAAACGAAAAGCCAUACUGUCAUGCUUGUUUUGAUAAGCUCUUCGGUUAGUGUGAUGUAUAAUUCUAUAAUUCAUCUUUUUGAGCCAUUCUGUUGAGCAUUUUUUUGGAUAAUUUUAUUGAUGAUAUAUUUUUAUAAAUAGAUGUAUAUCAGCUUGUUAAUUUAUACGAUUUUUUUAUUUGAAAGCUUUUAAGGCACUUUUUUAACAGACACAACUGAUUUUAUUGAUAUAUUAGGGCUGGGAAAUCUUACUUACAUUUACAAAUAAGAGCUAACAUUUCACUUAUUUUAAAACUUAUGUGAUUUAUGUAAUUGUUCAUAAUCUUUUUGUAUACUUAAACACUUGUUAAUUGUCUGCAUUUCUCUCAAAUAAGUAAGUUGCCAUAAUUUUUGUAUUCUGUAAUAGAUUGAUAAUUUAAAGGCAGUUAUCAAUUAAUUUUAAUAUAAAAUAUAGUGUGUUUUCAGUCAUUAAUUAAAUAAAUAUAUAAUACAUUAA